CCCAGCUAUAUUUCAGCUCGAGGACGUUUAGGGACACGUUUGUCCUCCAUUCCACCGAGUAGGAGAUGGAUUGCUUGGAGUUCAAUAUCCACCAACGUAUCCUCUCCGACAUCGCGUCGAACGUUUCGGAGAAUGCAGAAGACAUCUCCUUUGCUCAAGAUACGAUCACAGCCAAGGUUCAAACCCGGGCGAACCCUGCUGAAUUAGUGAAUGGAGAUUCUGGCCAGGGAGGUGGUGAGGUCGAGGAGGAGCGGGUGUUCAUGUCCGUCUCGCGAGUGCACUGCAACAUCGCAUUUGGAGAACUCGUGGUCCAUUUCCCUGAAGCUCAGAUUGCCAAUGCUAUCGAGACACUGAUGCCCGCGCUCAUCGAGGUGCUCAGGGACGUACCCUACAUCGAUUUCGACAAGUGCCUCUCCUGGGAAGAGUGGGCUCUCCCCGAUCAGUUGGUGUUUUCGACAGUCUCGGCUCUCCUCCGGAUUUCUAGCUCGCACGCGAAGUACAGCGAUGUUGCUACUUCUGCAAUCUUCUCUUUCAUCUCGCGCAUUGCAGAGAAGAUACGCUCUGCCAGCUCUCUCGACAUCCUGACCCAGUUGACGCCGGCUCUCCACGGCCUGUAUAGAGCCAUCAGUUCGACGCCAUUCAAAUGGACUAUAUCUCAGUGGCACCAGCUCGCCCAACAGCUGGGCGAGCUGUGCGUCCCUGCCGUUGUCGAUAGACUGAACCGCCUUGUUGCCGAUAUCAUGCAGAAGGAGAAUGCAGACCUCGAAACCUUGCACUUCGUGCAGACCUUCGUCUCGCGAUACGUCUCAUGCGGACGCCCUCUCAGUGGUUAUUUCAUCGUGUGCUGCAUAAUCGAGACCAACUGGACUGUUCUGGCGCAGGUGCUGGUCUCACCCGAGGCUGAUUCGCCUGGAGGGCCGCCCAAUGAAGCCGCCGCCGCGAACAACGCUUGGGUUGCGCUCAUGCGUCAGGCCGCACCCGAGCUGGAUAUCGAGGAUGGUGCGAUCCAGUCAGCCCUCAAGGAGAAGGUCGAGUACUCGAUGAAGUGCUUUGGAGAUCUCUUUGUGCAAUUGCAGGAAAUGGAUGCGGAGCCGUCUCUGGAUACGUAUGCGUAUGAAACCCUCUCAGAGAGUUUGAAACUGGCGUCCAUAUGCUCCAUCGCGUCUCGCAGCUUGGAUGAGGAAUUAUACUCACGUCUCCUCUUGCUUCUGAGCGACGAGUCACCUAUCUUUGACAACUUGGUGCAGGAGGCAGCCCUAAAAGCUACCAUCGUCCUGGUUCAUUCCUUCCCUGACAUUGCAGCACCCAUGGCUACCCAUUUACGACGCUUCGUCACUUCGCCUCUUCCCAUCUUUGAGUUUGAGUUUGCGUCUGAGACACGGGCACCGCCGCCGUUGGCUGCUGCAGCCAAAUGUCUGGCUGUGUGCAUCAAGGUGAGCGAGCUUGAUACCCUGAAAUCCAGCUCACCGGUUGAAAAGCUUGCUCCUGGGGACGAUCUGAUUCUGUCGAACAUGUACUCACUGCUCAAUUACAUCGCGGCCACAAGCAAGGAGAUCUACGAAAGCUCAAGCAGCUCUCAGAUAAUGAGCAACCCGUUAUACACCGGACACGAUCACGCCACUAUACAUGCCGUCGAGUCUGGGCUGCGAGGGCUGAGCGAGGAGGAGAAACGGCUAGUUGGAAUCAGCACGAUCUCUGUCGUGACCCGACUUGCUCUGGAGUUCAAGAUGGAGGAAGUCACGAGAUUGACUGUUUCGAUGCUGCUGCAACGGUUGAGAUCAGCUGAGCCCACGGUCGAAGCUGCUAUCGCCUAUAAUCUUGUUGAUCUUGCCUUAUUCGCGCCAGAGAGUGCGUUUGUUGAUAUCAUCCGAGUGUUUUCGGUCAUCAAUCGGUCUGCGAACCCGGAUGAUCCCAGAUUCUCGAAUAACAUGGUGCUUGCUGCUCAAACGCGACUUGCGCAGGAACUCGAUCGCCGACCUGAGCUGUAUGAGAUUUAUCUUGUUGAGCUCCUUACUUUGUUUGCGGACAAGGGUGUCGCCAUCCAGAACCUCAAAAUUGCCAAUCAUCAUGUCAAGACGGAUGAUAUGAUCGAGCAGUUGGCGUCUUUGCUGCUUCCCAUCGAUGCACUUCUAUCACACGAUGACUUCAAUCCUCAUCUCAAGGCGGAAACUACUAUCGUCUCGCUUUUCCGCAACAUGUGGUUUCUGUGUAUUCUUUUCGGAUUCACAUCGGACGAUGAAGAGGCCUUGGCAAUGGCGUGGCAGCGGCCCGCUCUUUCUCGUAUCGCGGUCAAGACGCCAGCCACUGUGAUGGAGGAGUCGCAUGACUCAGUGGCAAGCAAUGUCGAAUACAACUCAGUCAUUCGGCAGGACUACGCGAACACGAUCAUCUCUAAACACAAGUCCAGUUUGACAACGCAUAUCUCGUUACGGGCGAGCGACAUUCGAUCCCUGUCAUCGGGUCAAAUCGUCUUCCUGUUGACGAUGCAUGACGUUGAAUCCAUGCGAUCGGCUGCGGGACUGCCUUCCUCGUUGGUCUCGUACUUUGUGAACGACAGUCUCAACUCGGAUCCCGGUCUCAGCGUGUGCAUGGAGUCGAUCGCGGAGAAAGUCAUCCGGGGCUCUGUCAGCAGCCUCAAUGAAUUGGCUGCUCAGCAAGCGCUGCCUGAGACGCUUUCGGCCGAAUUGCGAUCCCUGCUCGUCCACAGCACCCAUCGUGUCGGCAAGGCCCGGGACAUCGCGUCGAAAUAUCUGAACAGGCUGAUCACAUCAUUCCCGUCAUUAAUGUGCGACCCUCCGCUGGUGUUUGCGAUCCUGGAGGUGCUGACGCUUCUGCGGCGCGCAUGCGAGAACGAAUAUCUGGACGAGUACAAUCCCACAUACGAGUUUGUGUCUGACCGGGCUGGGAUCACCCUCCAGAUGACGGACAGCUACACGGUGCGCAACGAGAUUUUGGGCCAGCUGCAGCGCAGCGCGAACAACUGGUUCGAGCUAGCACUGGGUAGAGCCCCGGUUGAGUUGCAGUCAACAUUCCAGAAAUAUCUUGCGGCAUCUGCAGGUUCGGAAUGGACCGAGCUGGGUGCGUCCAUAGCAGAGCAGUAUGGGAAAUCCAUCGGUCCGGUGCAACGCCAGCUUGUCUCACUGGCGAGAAUGUCCAAGUGGAGGACUGACGGGGCCAAGUCGCUUGUUGGCCAAGUGGCGAGCAAGAGUUACUUCGCCGGCGAGGCUGCGGGGAUCCGUCUCGCAAGUCGGCAAGGCUCCGAUAAACUUGAGAAGCUUCCGCCGCAGGCAGCGCCCACCUCCGAGAUCGACGCGCUGAAAGCUAAGAUGACGAGGACGCUGGAGGAAAUCCGCAUGAAAGUGAGCGGCUCGACGGUCCAGGAUUUGAAGCGCCUUCUUUUCCGAUGCGCGGCGACGCUCAUAUCGCUCUCGACGUGUGACUAUGAUCUGCUGCAUUUCCUCGUUGCGCUGCCAUUUGCAGUGGCGACGCCCUCGGCUGUCUCGGCAGGGAUCGAGAUCUGGACGUGGACCAUCGCCGAGAAGCCGGACAUCGAGGUGGCAUUGAUGGCGGAGGUCGUCUCAUCGUGGUCAGAUAGCAUCGUGGAAGAGAGGGGCAUCUUUUCCACCUCGCUCAACUAUGACGAUCCGUUCUACCACCCGAUCGACUACAGCCCCACGGACAAGGAGAUCAUCGAUCGCGGCACAACCAAUGCACGUCGGCUUUUGGCGCCGCACGCGCUCAUUCUGCAGAUGCUGUUCAGCAGGCUGCAGGCUGCAAGGUAUCGUCGGCCCGAGGUGCUGUUUUUGAUCCAGCGCCUGGUUCUGCGUUCGGCCCGGGCGUUCAAGAAAAUGAGCACCCAUGCAUUGGCGAGAGAAGCCCGGUUCACAUUUUUGUUGUUUGGAUUUGAGACUCUGAAGAGCUCGCAUCUCGACUCCUUCUGUGAGAAUCUGCUGAGAGAGGUUCUGUACUCUGUGGGAUAUUCGUGGUUUGCUGUUCGGCCGCAAUGGUCGUACGGUGCCAAUCGGGUCCAGGUGGAUGCCGAUAUCAAGGUCGUCUCCGAAUUCUUGUCGUGUUUGCAGACAGAUGCCGUGAAAGGCACUGCUGUGAUUUCGAGUCUGUCCCCCACGCAGGCCUCGUCGCGGAGCUCCCAAUACAUCUCAAAAAUGAGUGCUCUGAAGCACCCUCUGAAGUUGCUAGUCGAGAACGAAAUCUACCGGCUGACGGUGUGGGCCAACCCGACCAAUGACCCGAAGCGAGGAUCGGAUCACGUCGAGCGCGGCCUGCUCGAAGCGUCGUGGGCUUCGGUGGUGCGACAGGUGUGGGACAUCGACCCGGCGAUUGCGGUGCAUCUCGCCGAGCGCUUCAAGAGCUAUGCGGUUGUGCGCAACGAGUUGACGAAGCUGGUCAGGACCCAUUCCCGCGAUGUCCUGGGUACGCCGGAGGCCCUGCCGUUUUUGUUGGGAGAUAAGGUGGAGGGCGGUGUUCGUCAGGAUUUGAAGUACCUGCUGCUUUGGGCGCCGGUGCCGCCUGUGAUAGCCAACACAUUCUUCGAGAGACGGUUCAAGAAUGACCCGCUGAUCCUGCAAUAUGCGCACCGAGUGUUGGAGCAGCAUCCGGUCGACCUCACGUUCUUCUUCGUUCCACAAGUCGUGCAGGCGCUUCGUCACGAUGAGCUCGGCUAUGUGUCACGGUUCAUCUCGGAAACGGCGAAGAUCUCGCAGCUGUUCUGCCACCAGAUCAUUUGGAAUAUGAAGGCCAACACGUGCAAGGACGAUGCUGGCGAGAUCGAGGACCCGAUGAAGCCUGUGCUGGAUCGGAUGACGGAUAUCGUGGUGUCGUCGCUGUCGGGCCAGGCGCGAUCGUUCUACGAUCGGGAGUUUGGUUUCUUCAACGAGGUGACGUCGAUCUCGGGCAAGCUGAAGCCGUUCAUCAAAAAGACCAAGCCGGAGAAGAAGGCCAAGAUUGACGAGGAGAUGGCGAAGAUUACGGUCGACGUGGGUGUGUAUCUGCCCAGUAACCCCGACGGGAUCGUCGUCGACAUCGACAAGAAGUCGGGCCGGCCGCUGCAGAGCCACGCGAAAGCGCCGUUUAUGGCGACCUUCAAGGUACGCAAGGACAUGAUUGUCGUGAAUGAGGACCCCGAGUCGCUUGGGAACGAGACGGUGAAGACGCGGGUCGAGUACGAUGUCUGGCAGCAGGCCAUCUUCAAAGUCGGCGACGACUGCCGGCAGGAUGUGCUCGCGCUGCAGGUCAUUGCCAUGUUCAAGAACAUCUUCACGAGUGUCGGGUUGACGCUGUACUUGUAUCCGUACCGGGUCACCGCCACUGCGCCCGGGUGCGGUGUGAUCGACGUCGUGCCGAACGCAACCUCACGUGACGAGAUGGGACGCGCGAAAGUGAACGACCUGCUUGACUUCUUCAUCGCCAAGUACGGCGGGCAGGACACCGUCGCGUUCCAGCACGCGCGGCUGAACUUCAUCCAGUCGAUGGCGGCCUAUUCCGUCGCGUGCUACAUCCUGCAGAUCAAGGACCGGCACAACGGGAACAUCAUGAUCGACGGCGAAGGGCACAUCGUGCACAUCGACUUUGGGUUCCUAUUCGACAUAGAUGAGUGUCCCUCCUGCCUGUCCGUGUUGAUGGUUCUGAACCACGAGAUGGUGAUGCUGAUGGGCGGGCGCAACUCGCAGGGCUACGCGCUGUUCCAGAACCUGACGGUCAAGGCGUUCCUCGCGAUCCGGCCCCACGCGGAGCAGCUCGUCAGCACGGUCUCGCUCAUGCUCGACACGGGGCUGCCCUCGUUCAAGGGCGAGGGCACCAUCAAGCGCCUGCGCGACCGCUUUGCGCUCGGCCUGAACGAGCGCCAGGCGGCGGAGUGGAUGAUGAGUGUCAUCAAGAACGCGCACGAGAAUGUCAGGAGUACGGCGUAUGAUGAGUUCCAGCGCUUGCAGAAUGGUGAGCUUUGUGUAUACCCUACAAGUAGUCGAUAAUGGACGCAUCUGGAAACAUGUACAUAUAUUUCAAGUAUACCACCCUCGAGUACCGGGCCAUCACACGCUCACACACAUGAUAUCAUCCUGGGCAUGUCGUUCUCGAUAUAUUAUUUAAUACUUUUACUUACAAUAUCAAUGCCUCUAUUUACGCCAAUUGAGCAGCUACACCUUGGAACAGGUGCGACACCUUCGCCCCGAUCCGCUGCACGCCAAUCCCAAACCCAAGCAGCACGCCCAUGUCGACCGCACCGAGCUCGACGACCGCGGCCAUGAACCGCGGCGCAAACACCUUCCAGACCAUCAGGUGGCGGCGCAGGAUCGCCGCGCUGGCGGCCGCGCCGAGCAUGAGCAGUGCGUAGUACAACAUGACGCCCAGGCCGGCGACGAUGCUCUCGCCCUGCACCUGGCGGUCCGCACGGCCCAGCGCCGCGGGCAGCGGGGACCUGUUCCACAGCGCCAGCAGCGGCACGGCGAGCCCGACGAGCAGGAACGGGCCGAACGAAUUGAGUGCGACGGUCGCGGCGGAGAGCGCAAACUGCAUCGUCGGCGUCAGCAUGAACGCGGAUUUCCACUGGAUGGACGAGAUGGUCGCCUGGUGCCCCGUGGCGUAGAACGCGUGCAGCGCGAGCAGCGCGACGGGGAUGACGUCGUUGAACACGAUGGGCGGCGAGCGGAUCACGCGGGCCGUGUCGAGCAGCGCCGAUGGGUUGGUCUCGGCUAGCGUUUCCCACAUCCGAGCAUCCCGCGCAGAGUCGACGAUCUCCAGGAAAGCCACGAGCGCGAUGGCGGUCAGCCCAAGAACCAACUGGCCGGUAAGCUGUGUGGUUGUGUAUACGACGGCGAAGAACAGAGACCAGAAGAGGAGAUAUGAGGCCCCGAAAGCGUUGGCAUAUCCAACCACGGUGACUUGAGGCGGCUCGUCUUUCUCCAUGCUCUGGGAGCGCUCGAUCUCCAGACACAGAGGCAGAUACCACCACAACGCGCCGCCUGCGACCACGACAUAGCCCAGCGAGGACCUGAUCAGCCACGUCCUAGCCCACCUCGUCAACUCCGAGUCCAUCAGCUCCGCAGAGUCGAGCCAUUCGAGCACCCAGAACAUUGUGCCAGAGAACAACGUCGGAGUGAGCACGAACGGCAUGUAUAUCCUGGCCAGGCCAACAUGCGAUUUGGAUAUCCGCAAGAAGCGGCGCAAGAUCACAGGCAGCGCGAGGGAUGUCGGAAUAGCCAGCAGGAGAACCAGAGUCGGGGGUGACGGCAGCGACGAAGACGCGUAAAAGACAGCAAACAGGCCGGAGAAUCCGAGCAGGCGGUACCGCAGACGCCCUGAGGCUGCUGUGAGGCCCUUGAGUGCAUAAGGGAUGAUCGAGGUCACGAGCAGGAACGUGACAAUCCGGUCCUCCCAGAACGUGAACGAGUUGGAAAAGAAGGUGAUCGAAUGAAGGAUCAGCACAACCGGAAUUGAUUUCCAGCUCGGGAAGGAGGGAGGUGAUGAGGCUAUCAUGACGAUGCAGCAAGCAAAAGGCGCGCCGAAUAAGAUGCAAUCCAGCGAAUCCAUCCCAGGCAGAUAGUUCGCCAAUAGCAGGGACAAAGCAAGACCAGAUAUCGAGCCCACGGCAGCUCCCCGCAUGUAUUUCUGCAGCUGGCCGUCCAGCCACGCAUCCCAGUCGUCUCCAGCUUCAGACAGCCCGGAAUAGACCGACCACGUCGCCAAUACACCCAUGCCCAGCAGCACCAAUCCGACACCCAUCAAGACCGCGUUGAACUGCGCCCAGAUCGCACGGCACGACGACAACGCAACACGCAUGUACGACGACAUGACGAUCAGACCCUGCUCCGGGGUUAGACUCACUGCCCGGGUGGCAGUCCAGGCAGAGUUUAAAGUGUACCACGAGUCGUCUAGUUCCCCGCCCGAUGGACUGGCACGGUAUGCAGCAAGAUAGUUUUUCACCUGCUCCACGUUGAUCUCAAGAGCCCCGCUUAAAUGCUCCUCUGGAGAUUUGGUGCGCCAGAACAGCUCAGGAAUCACGGCGCCCAGGCUAUUGAACGGGAUAGGGAGACCGAGCAGCAGGGAGAGAGUCGGGACGAUGUCAAUCUGCUGGAUGAAUCGAUGUGGAGUAGGCGCGCCCGGAAAGGUCCUGUAUUGCAAGAGGCCGGGUGGGGCCGCACUGGGGGCGGUGAGCUCGGGCCCUUUGCUGUAGAUCCACAUCGCCGACGACGUCUCGUGCGUUCCAUCGCCUCCGUGGUCACCCGACCGGUCCAUCCCAUGGUCGCCCAACACGACCAAGAGCGUGUCCUCGUCCAGCAGCUCAACAACACGCCUCAGCACGCCGUCCAUCUGCUCCAGCUUGGUCUUCAUGCUCGGGUGGUCGGGCCCGACGCGGUGUCCGACAUGGUCCGCGCCCAGGAAGUGUCCCACGAGGAAAUCGAACGGCUUGCCGGGGUUUUCGAGGAGGGGGAAGAGGUGCUCUAUGACGCCCUCGUCGACGGUGUGCAGGUCCUCGACGUUGAACGAGUCGUACGGGAACGUCAUGUUCCACGCGAACGAAUCAGGGAACACGGACAUCCACGUGUCGUCGCCCAUGAACGCGAUCUUCCGUCCACAUGUGAGCCACGCGGAAGCACACACACACCGUAAAUGAACCCGGACGCACCCGCUUGCCCGCCAGCCCGAGCUGCUUCACGAUGGAGUCCUCGGCGAUCGACGACCCGCCAAAGUUGUUCCCGAUGUCCACGAAGGUGGGCAGCGAGCCCGUCGUCAGCGCCUUGAUGCGCUGCAGCGUCGCGGUCGGCGGGUCCGAGUACGCGUCGAACAGGAACGAGUGCCGCGGGUGCUGCGCUGUCAGCUCGGCCGGCAGCGUGAGGAUGUGGUGGUGGUGCGGCGACGGGGGCACGGGCGGAUGGGGGGAGACGAAGUCGAACCGCAGCGCGUCGAUGAUGAGGAACACUGCGCGCUUGUGCGUUGCGGGCAGAGUGCAUGGUGGGGAGGACGCGGCGGAGCAGGAUGUGUGAUUCGGUAGCGAGAGACGUGUUAGCAGGAAGCCGUUCGUGAAGAGAUAUAUCCCGGCUACGUGGAUGAGUGUUAUCAGCGAAAGGAUGGCAAAACCUCUCGAGAAAGCCAUCUCAGGACCACUGGUUCCCUGGGCGGACUAGAAAGAAUAGCAAGUUCGGCUGUCUCAGCAGAGACGAACGAGCGAAGAAAGACGUAUCCAAAACAAGAUUUAGGCUAUCACAAAUGAGGGUACACGGCACGAGUGUUGCCAGAAACGGUCUGCGCCCUCGUAUCCGCUGUUUUGAGUUCAAAUGAAGCAGAGAGUGAAGAUCAAAGCCGUGUGACCGUGCGAUCAAUCUCGUUCAGCUACAACCGUCAUGGCGAUCUAUGGGCUCUGGGUCAUCAACAAAGCCGGCGGACUCGUCUAUCAGCGCAACUUCGCAGAGGGCUUAGCGCAGCUGACGUCGAACGAGUAUCUCGUCCUGGCUGGAACGCUGCACGGAAUCCACGCGAUUACCAGCCGUCUGUCGCCCACGGGGCCGAGCUCCGGUGCGCAAGUGAUCGAGGGGGAGUCGUUCAAGAUGACGAUCCUGCUCACGGCAACGGGCACCAAAUUCGUGCUCAUCACAUCUCUGGCGGAGGUCAGUCCCGACAGCACCCUGCAGAAGGUGUACGAAGUCUACUCCGAUGCGGUGAUGAAGAACCCGUUUCACACGCCCGAGAUGCCCAUACGCAGUGAGGGAUUCGACACGCGCAUAACGGCGCUCAUUGGCAACGGCCACGGCGCCUGAUCGUGAGAUGCCUAGCGAGCCCCAUGGACCCUGAGACCGCUUUGCGUCGUGCGACUUCGAGUCCCAGGGUACCGCUGUGAAGAUUGGAACAAGGCUCAAUACCGUCGCGGAGUUCACGCGCGAAGAUGAACGAGGUGUCAUGCGCAUCGGCGGGGGUGCUGUCUCAACGAUUGGGCACUGGUGCAGGUGAAGGGAACGGGGCAAGAUACCAUUGAUAGCGGAGCAUAGAGAUACGUAUAAGAGAUGCACCACAAACACUAGUUACAAGCAGGGAAACAAGUGCUGAUUGUAAGCAACGAAGUAUCAAGCAACCGCGGAUGGUCUCCGAUCCGAGCGCUGAACGAUAAAUCAGUUGACGAGGCAGUCCGGAAGGAUGCUGCAUUUACGGCAAGAACUAUCCGCAGCUUGAGCGCAAGUCAGAGCCCAAGUGCAGGAAGUCGAGCUGGUGAUGCAUCCAUCGCCAGAAAUGGGCCACGAGUUGGGCGUCUUGCCCAUGCACCCUCCAUCCUUCCAUCUCCGGGCCUUAAGUCCCGUCAAUCAUCGCAAUGUUUCUCACGGUCGAGUGGGUGGUACACCUGGCGUCUCUUUCGGGAAAGUGGCUUAUUCAGCAAAAAAAGACAGCCUACGUAGUCCUGUCUUUCAUGCAUUCUGACACUACGGGCUUCAGCGACAGAGCCUGAAAUACCAGCGGGAGCUGCCCUGCGAUAUCCGCCACAGGCAUCAGCGUCAGGCCCAUGCGCACCUCCAUGCGUCCGACGACAGCCGGUACAAAGUAAAGCAAGUCCACCUCACGAUAGUCUCCCCCACGGUUUCCUCCAUAUGAUCCUCGAGCGGGCAUUUUUUGACUAUCCCGUCGUGCAGUUCGAGGAGCGGAAUCGAUAUAGAGAACGACUCGAUGACGUCAUCGCGCGCCGCCUUCCUCUCGUGCGUGUCCCCGAUCCUGCGCAGAGCAAGUGAGCGGAAUAACUGUGCACAGGCGUAAGCAGAAUCGCGGAUGCGGACGAGCGGGCGGCCGUUGCGCGUACACCGCCGGGGGGUCCACGACGAAAAGCCCACAGCGUGGUCCACCAGCGACGGGGACGCGGGGACGAGGAAGAACGCCGCGCGGAGGUCGGAUGGCAUGACCGCGGAUGCGGAUGCGAGGUGAGGCUGUGUGGGGAUGCGCAGGGGGACGCGCGCCGAGGCGUGUUUCGUGGAGAGGCGCAGCGCGCGCAAGACGACCUCUGAGAGGAGCGGUACUUCGCGCGCACCCGUGUGGCUGUCUUCCUCUUCCUACCCCUCCGAGUCGUCGUUGGGCGCACGCAUCCACACGGCGACCGCGAUGUCGAACGUGUCGUUCUCUGAAAUGAGCGGUCGGAUGCGAUUCAGAUACACGGCGCCUGACGGGAGCGACGGUGCAUAGAGAGCGCGGUGGGGAGCGCGGAUGCCCAGCACGAGAGAGACCGAGUGCAGACCCGCAAACCAAGCAGCAAGGCAAAGGAGCAGAAAUGCUACUGCAGCGGUCGUCCUGCAUAGACACUGACAGACCGAGGGUCGACGAGAAUUCAGGGCAAGAGUUUUCGUUGUCUCGUAGAUGCCUGUGCUUUCUUCAUGCAUUGGACAGAUGGUGGAUCAGG